AUGCUGCUGGUCCCGUCACGCGUGGGCCGCCUCCCCGCCAGGCGCAGGCCGCCAGGCAGGGGGUGCCGCGCCCGCCCGCCCCGCGAGGUUCCCGGCGCGCGGCCCCGAGCCGCCGGCGGGCCGUCCUGCUGCAGCUGCGGCCGCCGCUCACUCCGGCCCUCCCGGCCCCUCCCGCCGCCUCCUCACCGGCCUCCGGGCGCGGCUUUAGCCUCCGAGCGCCUCGCGACCCCGCCUCCCGGGGCCCCGCCCUGCCCCCUGUGCCCCUCCCCGGGAGGCUCGGGGCUGGGCCCACGCGGUCCGGGCACUCCCCGCGCGGCCGCAGGUGGGGGUGGUGCGGCCAGCCCUCCUCGGCGCCUGCUGGUUCCCAGCAGAGUCUGCUGCCCAGAACGCCCACUUCGACCACUGCGUCGGGCCGGGCUGUGCCCCGGGACGCUCCCCCAGCCUGCCGGAAACUGCCUAGUCCUCUGUGAUCCGGCUACCCGCCCCCCGCUCCGCUAG